GUUUUUUAAAAAUGUGGUGACAUUUUGAACGUUUUCGCGCAAAUAAGCGGAACAUUGCCAGUGGGAGAAGUGGUCCGAUGACCGAUAUUAUCUUCUAAAGGUCAUGAAUCGUGAUAGUAGUUUAAAUCAUUAGAUAAUAGGUAUCGUGACAAAAUAAGCAGGUAUGUCAGGAAUAUAUUUGAUACGCAUAAAAUGGCGAUCGGCUUACGCCUAUUAACAAUUUUCUCUUAACAUUAUUAAGAUUAUCAACAUUAUCAACAAUUAAGAUGACAAAAUAGUUAUAUUUUUAUUUUGUCAUUAUUGUAAAUAUGUCCUGAUAAAUAAUUGGCAAUUGCUCCAAUCGGUUAUAAGGUUUAUAUUCAUAUUUACUAUAAAAGAAAUAGGUAAAACCCCAAUUAACAUAUCAAAAUGAAGGUGAAAAAGAAAACUAACGUCAUCGGUAUAGCAUCUGACUUUAAUCUUCGUGAACAUUUUAGACUGUAUGAUGCAACUUGUGCUUAUGAUUUUUCUGCAAAAAUGUAGUGAACACCAAACACUUAGAAGUAAUGAAUUUUAUAAGUGGCAAACUGGAAUACUUAGUGCUCGGAUGUCUGCAUAAUAUUUUAGGUAAAUAAAAUUUGUUUUAUCAAAUUUAAUGAAUAAUGCAAUUUCAAGAAUAGUAUUAACCUGUUUUACAAUUUAUAUGAUUACCAUCGUUUUUAAUAUUGUGUCUUAUAAUUUGCCUAACCCGUAUUUGUCUAAGUUUAGGGUUUUUUGAAAAUUUAUGCAGAUAUAUGUACGGGUCUCUGACUUUAUCUUUUCUCUUACUUCCAAUGAAACACCUCUCAUAAACGCAAACUGGCGUGAUUAAUAAUUAAAAUUAUAAUUGGAAGAGAAGAAUUACAAAUUUUAAUAAUUUGAAUAAUUAACAUCGAUAUCUAUAUGUUGACAAAUACAAAUUAUUAUAAUCAUGGCUAAAUAAUCAAUUUACAUAGCUAUGAUUGUAAUAAUGUAUUUUAUAUUAUGAUAAGCGGCUCAAGCCGGACGCCAUGUUUGCGCAGUAAUCACGUAGACCUCGUAUGUUACUAACAUACCUUUUUAUAUUGUUGAUAGGAAUUAUUAUCACAAUAUAAUGUAUUCCAGUCGAAAAUUUAUGUAUUUUGUGUCCUUAUUACAUAUCGGUAAUCUGUCCAAGUGUAAUGGUUAUAAUUUCAAGAAAACUACUCCCCGGACAAUGUCUGACGAAGUGAAUAAGGCCUUGGCCGCCUCACCCGGUGGCGAUACGAUAUUUGGCAAAAUCAUCAGAAAAGAAAUUCCAUGUGAUUUCAUUUACGAAGACGAUCGUGUAAGUAUCUAUAACAUUACCAAAAUGUUCAAUUGUUGUUUAUAAAUCAUGAACGAAUAAUUUAUGUAAAUAUAUAAAUAUUACAUUUAUAUAUAUAUAUAUAAUAAAUAAUUAAAUAUAUAUAUUUUAUGUACCUAGUACAAAUUGACUCAUAAUUACCUAUUUGGGUUGAAGUAUGGCUAGAAUCUGAGAAAAAAUAUUGAAAACGUCCACUAAAAACCUUCCAUCGGUCAGAUCUUCGAUAUGCAUGAUCUGUACGAAAAUUUUUUAUUUUUUAUUUUUUGUUAUAAUCGGUACAUAUUUUUACCGGAACAAGUCUAGUUUACCCGAAACCCUUUGUUUUCCAAUUUUUUUUUUUAAAAAAUAUGUGUUCUUUAACGCUGAUUUUGAAACUGAUUAAUUUUUUUUGCGGAAAUUUAUUUAUUAAUUAAAACAAGUUUGAGUUAUAUAAACGUAAUAAAAGAAUAACUAAAACAUAUUUACAGUUAAUAAUGAAGCUGCUAGAAAUCAGGUUAGGAUCCGGUCUCGUUUUAUUAAUGAUAUUAUAUUAUCUAACUUAUUAAGGACGUCAGUAGUACUUAAAAUACAAGAGUUAAUAUUAACUUCAACAGAAUUUUUAUUGGUGAAUGACUGAUGAUUAUUUAUGGUUGAAGUAACCUGAUUAUCAUAGAUGCUGGAAAAAUAAUGAGUGAAACAAUCCAAAAUAUCCCCACCUUCAACAUGUAAAUCAUCAUACAUCAUAGUGGUAGGAAAGAGCAGGCACAAUUUUUUAUGGUUAAAGAAUUUCCAAAAUAAUUUAGGAUUAGUUUUAAUUGAAUUUUGAGUGUUAAAAAUAUACUUAUAAUAAAGUUUGGAUUGAAAUUUUGGCUUAGCAUGUAAUAAAGAAAAUCGAUUGUAAUUACUUUGGGAAGUAGUUUGUUUAAACAACAUGUGGGCAAUUUUUUUCUUAUGAAUUAAUUCUUUCCUCAUCAAACUAAAUCAUAUAGGGUAUUUAUUGUUAAAAAAUGAUUUUUUAAUACAAUGACUAUCAAUUACCCCAAAAAUAAUAUCUUAAAAACCAUAAACUGUGUCAUUUAUUUGCAAAUUAUGAAACAUGUGAUCCCAAUUAAUAGUAACCAAUGAAGAUCUAAUAAUAUUUUCAUCACAAUUCAAAUAAUCGUGUGUAGUUUCAUUAAAAAACAAAGAUUGAUUAUUCAAAUUUAAUUGAAAAUUAAUUAGUAAAGUUAGAUGAUACAAAUAAUAUAUUGUAACCAAUGCAUAUAGUUUACAUUCCACUUCAACAUCUAACACAUAUGAUGAAAUUAAAUCUAAAGUAAAAUUUGUAUGAUUUUUAAUUGUAUUAAACUGUUUAAAAUUAAAAUAAGAAAAAUUAGAUGAGCAUCCAAUUUGAUAUUACCAUAACUAUGAGAAACAGCCAUAUCACUAGUUAAAGUCCAUUUAAUAGCUGGUCAAUUUAAAUUACCUAAUAUAAUAAUUCUGGCAUUAUUGUAAUUACAUAACAAGCUAUGAAUAGUAUCAGUAUGUUCAUUAUAAAUAUUAGUAUCAGAAUUGGGUGGAAUGUAGAUAGCGCAAAUUAAAAGUACUGAAUAAUCAAAAGAUAAUUUUACAAAUAGUUGUUCAAUAAUAUUAUUCUGGAUAGAUAUAUGACAGCAAUGAUAUUUGUUUUUAACUACAAUUAGAACACCAUCUCCUCUAGUAACAUUUUUUAAAACACUGCAUCUGUUACAACGGAAAAUGAUAUAAUUAGGGAGAAGACCAAGUUCCCAAUUUACCCCGUGAUGUAACUAAGUUUCUAAUAGUAAAAUAAUGUCAUAAUUAGGUAAAGCAAUAUUUUGAGAAAAAAUGUCCAAUUUGGGUAUUUAGACCAUAGACAUUGUGAUAAUAUAUUGAUAAGUGAUUUAAAUUGAAGUUGGGUUUAAUCAGUUUUUUGAAACAACAGGUAAAUUAUUAAUAUAUUUAAUAAACAGAUUUUUUUCACCAGCGUUUUUCUUGCAUUUAAUUCCUCGAUUACAGUUUUAAGGUGAUUAUGUUGAAGCAAAGUUCUAUCCCUUAAAACAGUAAUAUUUUUAAAAGCAUCUAGGUUUUUAAGCCUACCUUUAUUUUUAAGAAUUUCAAAAACCUAUAUUGAGUAGGCAGAGUAGUUAGAAUAGGCAUAUUUUUAUUUAAUAAUUUACCCAAACGUAGAACAUUAUAGAAUCAACAAUGACAUCAAUUUGACGAAAUAUAUUAGAAAUACUCAGUUUGUCAUUGGCAUUUGACUGGGUUUCAGGUAGAUUAAAUAGAAUAACGUUGCAACUUCUAGGUUGACAGCCAUUAAUCUCAGCAAAUAUUUUUUCAUGAUUUAAUGAAGUUUGGUUGGUAUGAUUAAGUUCUAAUUUAGACAAUUUAUUUUCAAGAUGAUCCAUUUUGGUUUAAUUGAUUUUUUUUAGUCAGAAUUUCUUAGAAAUUGCUUAGAAAUAUUAUCUAACUUACUGCUAAGAUCAAUGUGCCUUAAAUCAAUUGAUCUCUUUUACUCCCGAAAUUGAUUAUAGGAUGCAAUAAUUUUGUUCUGAAUAUAUUUCAUUUCAUUUAUUGAUUUGUAGAUUUUGUCCAAUUUAUCUGUAUUAAUAUCCUCCAUAUUAAAAUAACCGGAAGUGUAAAAAUAAUUUAGAAUGAAAAUGUAUAACUUUAAAGAUGAUUGAGAGGCAUAAAUGAAUUGUGUUCAUUACAACGGUCAAAUAUCAACUGUAAUAAAACAAAACAAAUCAUUAUUAAAGAAAUUAAAGAAGUUUGAAGUUUGUCAUAUUAGUAUUAUGUGUGCACCUAGAUACUUUACUAUAGGUCAUUCGCUCACUCAGACUAUUUUAAAUAAAUAUAACCCUAGAUUUGUUUUGCAAUACCACAUUGGGUAGUUAACAGGGAAAAAAAUCAAUUGGGGUGAGGCUCGGGGAAAAAUCAAAAUGUUUAAAUUACACACAAAGGACUCGUGUUUUUCUACAAAAAAAAAAAUACCACGUCAAUGUAAUGUAAAUAAAUUAAUAUAAACAACUAGGUUUUUAAAUGAAAAUUGUUAUAACGACAAACUCUCAACUUCCUUAACUAAUUCAAUAAUGGUUUCCUCAAAAAAUUCAAACAGUUCUGAAAUUAGUAUCGAAAUAUAUGUAUUAAAAAAAAAAAAAAAAUUGGAAAACAAUGGGUAUCUGGUAAACUAGACAUAUCUUUGUACCUAAUAAUAUAUGUAUAAGUAUAUAUGAGGCGGGUAAAUUAUUUUAUACAACAUUAAGUAGGUAAUUCCAAAUAUUUUUGCCCUACUAUUAUGUUAUUUGGUGGAACAAUUUAAUGGUUCCAUUGUGUGAAAAUUAUAUGAAUUGUGUAGGUAUUAUUGAAAAUUUGAUAUUAAUUAUAAACCGAUAAAACAUAUGUGUCAUAUUCAUAAUUGUUUUUUUCAAGAACAACCCUAUUAAAAUAGAUCUUUUCAGGAUCACUAAAAUUUAUAAAAUUUGUAACACGUUGACUGCCACACCUAUUUCAGUGUAUUAUCCACUUAAGCCACAAUAUUUUUUUAAAACUUAACUUAUUUCUUUUAAGAUUAUUAGCCAUAAAUCUAUCUUAAAACCAUUUUAAGUGUUAAUUCACCUGUAGAAUGUGAGGGGUCAUAAUGUCCCUCAGUAGCUCAAAAUAUGUGAAUCACAUAUUUCUUGCUUUUGAGGAGAAUUUAUUUUUUCUAAAAUAUGAUUGUUUGAAAUUUGUAGCGCUGAAGAUUCAGGUUUUUUAAUUAAAUAAAGUAUUAUUUGUUCCUUGAAUUCUGUAAUUUAAAAUUUUUUAUUAUUGACUGCACAAAAUAGUAAUAAGACAUUAGUCAGACAAGUACCAAGCAAAAUAUUAAAAGCAACUUUGCGGUACCAUUUCAAACUUCUUCUAAAAGGUAUAGAAUAUGAUGUCAUUUGGUCACUUCUAUGGAUAAAACUCUUCCCCUGAUUAUAUGCCCUCAAUGACCAUGUCAGGUUUAUUAAUGGUUUGAUUUCUUUUGGUUAUUGCUGUGGUUGUAUCAACAUGUUCUGUACUCAACAUUAGGAGAUCCCUUUUGUAUUUCCAUUUGAGCACAACUACAUUAGUAUUACUUUGUUGUACAAUAAUUUGACCUUUUUUAAUUUUUUUGUUUGUGAUAUCUUUUGGAUUGCCUUUUCUGUUUGCACAUAAAGUACCUAAAAUAGAAUUCGUCCAAAAUUUAAAUAUGGUUUCAUGAGUUCUAAUACAACUAUAGAUGAUACUGGAGUUUCUGCCACCAUUUCUUUACCAGCAUACAUUUUGUAUUGGCAAGUAUAAUAAUUACCUGCACACAAUUUAAAUAUUUUGAUCCCAUACUUAUGUCUUUUAAUUUUCAAAUAUUGGGGAAAUUUAAUAAUAUUUAAAUGCUAAAUGGAGUAUUUUGUUCUGUAGAUAACAGAGAAUCUGGUAGUGCGUUAUUUUGACAGUUACUGAGGGGCUAUUUGAUCCCACAAGUCAACAAAGACAACAUAAUCUUGAGGGACAAAUUGACCCCUCAUGGCCACUUAAAAAUUCUACUGAGGGACAAAAAUGACCCUCAUGGAAGUCAACGUGUUAAAAAAGAAGAAUUACAUGAAAAUUGAUCAGUAAAAAUCAAAAAUCUGAUCAAUGAAGGUUUGUCUAGGACAGUUUACAAACAAAAAAAUUAACGUGAAGUUUUUGAUAUUUUAACAUUUUUUUCUCAGAUCCAAAAGCCAUACUAUUCAGCUCCUAUGAUUGUUUGAUUUAGAUAUUUAACUAAAUAACAAUUAUUAAUAUUCCCGUUAUUUUUGUUUAUUGUAUUGUACGGUGUUUUUAAAGUAAAUAAAAUAUUAAUUGUUUUUAUAUGUAUCUAUAAUAGUGUAUUGCAUUUCAUGAUGUCAAGGCUCAAGCUCCUGUUCAUUUUUUGGUGGUUCCAAAGAAACCAAUAAAAAUGUUAUCUACCGCUGAUAGUUCAGAUGAAUUGGUAAAUUUUGUUCUUAUGAUGGUCUAUAUUUUUAUUUUUCAGCAGUAGCGUAUUUAUGAGGAGUUGAGGAGGGGGAUACAUUAUUCAGCUAUUAAAAACAAUAAAAAUAUACAUAUAAGAAAAAAUAACAAAAAGCAGAAUAGACAUAUCCUUAACAACUCCAAGGACCAAAAUCUGAAUAUUGAAAAAAAUAAUAAUGGUGAUAAAUUGCCCCGAAUGUUGAUUUGCAGUCUUUUUCAAUCCUUCUUAAAGGAGACCACUUACCUAACCAACAUUUCCAACCUGAUACUGCUGAAAGAAAGGUAGUAUCCCAAAUAAAAUCUAAACCUCCUUAUAUAAACCUGACCUUCACCCACUUUCAUUCACAAGCUCAUGUUAGACUUGUAAAUCUAUAAAACAAAACACUUCUAAUAAAUACCGUGGUAAAGUGUAUUUUUACAAACCAGAAGCGUUUUCUUAGAAAAAUCAUCCUAGUUCAUCACUAAUAGCUUUUUUGCUUCACUCAGAAUCUGAAAUAUAGAUCUUAUGGUAUAUAUGGAUUGUCCUCAAAUAACUUAACAAAAUUAUUUACCUUACAAAUUAUCAAUUCCCUUCCAGAAAAAAAUCAUAACUAUGCCACUGCCUUUAAGUAAAUCAAAUAAGCAGAAAAUGUUCAAUACACAACCCAAGUUAAACAAUUGAUUAAAUGGAUAAGAAAAAUCCAUUUAAUAUGAAUUAAAUGAUUUUAAUAAUACCUAUUUUUGAUUUUCAGUUACUUGGGCAUUUAUUGUUAGUUGCAAGCAAAGUAGCUAAACUUCAAGGAUUGGAUAAAGGUUUUCGUACAGUAAUUAACAAUGGAAAAGAUGGAGCUCAAUCUGUAUACCAUUUACAUAUCCAUGUUCUUGGUGGUCGUCAACUAGGCUGGCCACCUGGCUAAUUAAAAUAUUUAUCAAUUAUAAUAUUGUAAAAGUAUGGCAAAUAUAGUAAUAAUAUUAUUAUUAUUUUGUAAUUGAAAAUAUAAUAUUAUAUAAAAAAUUAUAAAUUUAUUUAACUGAAUCUAUUAUAAUUAUUUUGUUAAAUAUUAAAAAACCAAAAUGCCUAUUGUUUCUUAUCUGCUAGUUCAAUUAAACUUGGAAUAAAAAAUUGAUGUAUUUACAUUGGAUUUUUAUGGGUCCUAAAGUUCCUGUAGUAGUGUAAUAAAAUAGUUGUUAGUACUUAUUAUGUAAAGGAUCUUUCAAUAAAGACGCUUGGUGAUAGCGGCUGUGUUGGAGUAUUAUCUGUCAAAUUUAUUGUGAAUUGUUAAGUACUGUAUAGCUAAUCACUAUGCAUUGGACAACAUAAUAUGCAAAUUAUUAAAUUUUAUUAUCAAAAUCAGUGCUCUAUUCAAAAAACCAAAUUCCAUUAAAAAAAUUGUCUUUAGCUGAAUUUGGGACAUUACCAACCCAUACGAGGUACAUCAGUACCAAAUUAAUCCAGUUAAAGUUACUGUUUGGUGCAUAUUUUAAUCGGAAUAAUUGGUCCGUACAGUGGUAACAUGAAUUGGUCACCAGGAUCAUGUGAUUUAACACCUUUAGACUUCUUCCUUUGAGGUUAUCUUAAAUUGUAGUUUUAUACAAAUAGGCCGCAAAUAAUUGAUCAAAGUCAACAUUAAUGUCAUCCAAUAAAUAAAUCAAGAUUUAUGUGAGAAAAUCAUUAAAAAUUAAGACUUCCCAAAUAAGCGCCACUAAACAAAACUGCAGUCAUUUCAAUGAUAUAAUUCAUACUUAAUUGACAUAAAAUAUUCUUUCAAAUAAAAAAUUGAGUGGAUAUCUCUCACACAACUUGUUUUAUUUACAUUUAAAAAUUGAGCAUCCUUAUUGAAACAUCCUUUAAAUAAGUUUGGUGUAUCCAUAGUGGUCAACGAAAAGUCAAUUUUGUUUUCAUUUAAAUUUUUUUUUAUAGAUGUAUUAUUUUUGAAUAAUUUGAUUAGUCAUUAGGAUCAGG